AUGGAUGAAUUCUUCAAAAUGGUGACCAGUUAUGGGGGUUAUGAUGUGAAUGGAUAUAGGUUCCGUUCAGAAGAGUGUGAGAAAACAAAAUCCAGAUUAACAACAGUUAAUAGUGGAGUUUGUGUUUCCUGUGUUGAUGAGAACAACAAUGAGUUAGAGUAUUAUGUUCCAACUAUCUCCGAUGAGAUAACCGAUCCAAAUGAUCUCAAAUUUCUAUCCAAACUGAAUAUUGAAGCUCAAGAUGAAGAUAUAGAUGAUGAUCUAGAGGCGGAUGAAGAUAUAGAUGAUGAUCUAGAGGCGGAAGAAGAUAGAGAUGAUGACCAAGACGAUCUGCCUGAAUAUGCACCUAAUGACCCAAAUGAUUUUUAG